UCCACAGGCCCGCCCGCCUCACGCGCGUCCCCAGAGCAUUGUCACUCCCCUUCCCGAGCCCCAAGCUGCUGCCCCAGCUAUGACCGUGCCAUAAGCGCAUCGCCCAGACUCCCGCCGUCGUCUCCGACCCCCAUCCCUCGUUCUGCAUCCACGGCCGUGCCUCUGAUCUGGCCUCCCUGGCCGACUCCCAUCUCCGAACCUCGCAAUGCACUUCGCCAUGCCGCCGCGCAAGACGUCGCGCCCGCCGCCCUACGCCGCACGCAACCAAAGCUCCCUGCCCAUACCGCCCGCGCUGAAGAACCUGCUCCGGGGGGGGAAGCUGCGGACGACCGUGGUGGGGAUACUGGGCUUCCUUACUCUGAUCUGGCUGCUCCGGAGGACAGGCGGCGAUGCGGGCGCAAACAUCCCCAAGGUCGCCGUCGGCUCCGGCCCGCCUGUGGUCAUCGUCACCACCAUCGACCCCAGGGCGGAUGCGGCGUGGGCGGCCAAGAUCAGGAAGAACAGAGAGGACUACGCCAAGAAGCAUGGCUACCUGACAUUCUUUCCCGAAAACGAUAAAUACCCGCUCAACAAGUCUCCCCACACGUGGGCCAAGGUGCCCGCGCUUCGACACGCCAUGACACUGUACCCAGGCUCCACCUUCUUUUGGUUCCUUGACAGCGCCGCCCUGAUCAUGAACCCCUCGAUCGACCUUCAAUCCCACAUACUCAAGCCGUCCCGCCUUGAGGAGCUCAUGAUCACGAAUGAGCCCGUCGUCCCGCCAGACAGCGUCAUCAAGACGUUUGGCAACUUGAAAGGCGACAGGAUAGACUUUAUCGUGACACAGGACAAGGAAGGCCUGGUGCCUACCAGCAUCAUCGUGCGAAACGGCGACUGGGCCAAGUACUUCCUGGAUGCGUGGUUCGAUCCCAUCUACAGGAGCUACAACUUCCAGAAGGCCGAGUCGCAUGCGCUGGAGCACAUUGUCCAAUGGCACGGCACCAUCCUCGCAAAGCUCGCCCUGGUCCCUCAGAACCUCCUCAACUCGUACGCCACCGGCCCCUUCAAUCCCAAAUUCGGAAAAUACAAGGAAGGCGACCUCGUCGCCAACUUCCCCGGCUGCGCGCGCGAAAAGCCCGACUGCGCUGCCGAGCAACAGGCCUUUUUCGACAUCCUCGACAAGGGUGAUGACUAAACGCAUUCCGAAUGACGACGGACAGCGCCGCGGCGCGGCCACGAGCCAGCCUCGUGCGCAGGGCCAUGCAAGGCACGCUACCCUCGCGAUAGGGUCAGCAAAGGACGAAGGGAAAGGCACAUCCACAAAAAUGUGCUGGCGUACCGGCGUUGAUGGACGACGCUUGUAGAUUCAUAGCUUCGCAUUUAUACCAGCAGGGUUCCUAAAUGUACCGGAUGGAUGAUGUUUUGAUAUGAGACGGAUGGGGAUUGCUAGAGCAUCGGUCCAAUCUGGCGAGCACGGCAGAUCAAAGAGGCAUCAUGUAUGUGUGUAUUUUGGUUUUGAUGGUAUGGAGUUAUACGGUACCCACGCUAUAUACAGGUUAAUCUACAAAGCUUCCCGGGCGGCUUACAAGGCUGACUUUGAGUCUGG